AUCAAGCUAGAUGGUCACGAGAUUAUGGCAACCGAGAUUGAGCUAUUAGAUCGACAUCGAACAGUCUAUCAAGCUCCAGGGGAAAGUGAUUCCAUACUUUAUGGUCGGGGUCAUUUUGAUGGACGACCUGCACUCGUACUAUCGGAUGCUGAUGGGAUUACUUUGGAUGAAUUGGCCCGCAGCAACUACGAGGUCCCCGAGGAGACAUUAAGAUCUUCUCUGGAGGAAGUCUUUAGUGAGUUUUCGAAGCAUGGAGCUUUGUACCGAGACCAGAAGCUGGAUAACUUCUUGUUGUGUGAUGGCAAAGGCCGCGAGAAGAGCAGAGUGAUGGUUGUUGAUCUUGAGCAGGUGGAAUUCCCUGAGCAUCUUCGUCCUUGGCAACAUUCUAUCAACCAGGAGGGAGCGAGGUCUCUGAUGGAAGAGUUUAGAUACAGACGUAACCCCGGGCGCGAAUUAUCUCCACUUGAGUUCUGGAUGUCUGGGCAUGAUAAGGGUGUCUCCCUCGGCGAGCUAAAUGAUUUUGCACCCGCGAUCUGUCAAGAAAGUCUUGGGAGGCCUGCUUCUACCACGGCUUGA